CAUAUCCGUGGAACAACACAAACAACCACCACGGAGGAGGUAUUGAUGCGGUUGUCGCCGCCAAAAGCGGAGUCGAUCAUAACGGUGAGCAGCGGCAGCAGUAGCAGUGUGGAGUGUAUUAGUUCACCACGCAAGCCCAGUGUGACCGUCCUUAGCAACGUGAAGCUGCGCAGCGCGACAGACGACCCCGAACCUACGACGCAGUUGGUACGACCGGUGCGACCCUCGGGUUUGCAUCGCUACGAUGGGAAGCGGGCACGCAUCAACACCCCCGGGGAAGGCCACCCAGCGGUCAAUUCGUUGGGGGUGGGGUUGGAGACGAGCGUUAUUCGUAAAACUCCACACCCACCUGCAUCCCCGGUGCGUCCGUCCUCCUCCAGGGAGCACACCACCAGCACCGCUACCGAGUCGCAGCACCGUAGACAUCGACGUAUCACCUUAACGGCACGCAUGUCAACGGGAGGAAAGGUAGAAUCGCAUAAGAGGCACCAGGCGGUUGUCGCUACCAAGCAGCGCUGCAGUCCUGAAGUGGCCGAGGAGGAAAUCGAACUCGAGCCGAUCCUAGCACGUGAAGAGGACUUGCCAGAUGAGGGGGACGAGGAGGAAGAAGACGACGACGAUGAGGACGAUGACGAGGAGGAGGUAGCAGAGGAAAGCGACUGGGAGGACGAUCCGGGGCAGAAUGGUGGGUCUGGCUCUGGUGGCGGUCAGCAGUCGGGGCAUAGUAGUAGUGACAAUAAGGAAAACGACCGGAAGUACCAAAAUACACGCCAAGGAGGACGCCAAGGCGGCAACCGGAAAAGGAAGGAGGGCCAUUCGUCCAACCGCUUUUCCGGUAAUGAGAUGAGCCGGUGCCGUCGCGGGAGGCGUGACAUACCCCAGCAGCUGGUAAAGCUGGAGCCAAAUCCGGAGAGUGAACCACCGGCAGUUUACCAUGCGAUCGUCGACCAGGAGCCGCCGCUGCUGCCGCGUGCAUCCUUGGAGUGUUUCGAAAUGGUCGACGCGACGGCGAUGGUCGAGGUCGAGGUGGAAACGGAGGAUCUCGUCGACCGGAAGCCAACGGAAAGUAUGCUCUCGCAGGACGCGGUCCUGUACUCCGAAGAUCGCACGAUGUCUUCGUCCAUUUCGUCGUUUGCCGAGCUUUGUGAGAUGAACGCGAUGCAAGCUGCGGCGACACCGGUAAAAAUCGAAGGCAUGUUGUUCCAAGCCCAGCAACAGCCAGCCACGAUGGAUGCGCAACCAGCUACUGUCAUCCCCACAACUCCACCGCCUGUCGCUGGCGACGACGUUAUCGUCGAGACGGACCCACGCACGCCACCGGCCUCCAUCGAACAACAUCGCGACGUGAAGGAUUUCCUCGAAGUCGGUGGACCGUCGCUGUCGUCGACGUCGAAGUUUGCAGGUGCGGCUGGUGCUUUCGAACAACAUUCUGGCGCUGGUGCAGCCGCUGGUGUCCAUCGCCCGGCCUCGUACUAUCGGCAGAGUUACGACGUGAAGGAUUUCCUCGAAGCCGGUCCAUCGUCGCGUGCUGCAUCAGAGAGCGUCGUCGGGCCUAUCGCAUCGUCUGGCGCGUCGGACGGCGAUCGCCGACAGCAGCAGCAGCACCCCUUCCAGCUCUACAGCCACGCCGACGUCGACUACGCCAGCGAAUUCCAUCGCGCACUAUCCACCAACUCAGCUUUCACCAGCGGUGCUUCGUCGCCGGACGACAGCGAGGCGGUCCCGGGCGUGUGGGCUCACCGUUUCAGCCCCCAGUACAGCAGUGCUGUGCUUGCGGCCAAUGGCGGGCUACUCGGCAGUGCCGACCGGAGCGCCAGUGCCAGUCCGAUCGGUGCACACAAUGGUGGUGCGGGUAAUGGUGGGGGGCACGGCACAGCGGCAUCAUACGGCGAGGAUAAUUCCUCCAUGGAGGAAGAAGAGGAUACCGACAUCACGGGCACAGACGACAAGCCGGCGGUGACCAACGCGGCCAUCUCCACCAGCCGCCAUUCGUCGUCGGCCAUGUCGCUGGCCUCCUCGAUCGUCUCGUGCAGCAUGGAGCGGGCACCCUCCACGGAAAGCCUCAACAUACGCACGGACGAAAAGAUGCCAGCGAAGGGGGAAAUUUCCGAGCAGGAGAGCAACGGAGAUAUGGAGUUGACUCCUUGGAAACGGCUGUGUGCCGUCAGCGAGAACAUCCCUGUCUACCCGAGCUCUUACGACUACUCGACGGCCCAGGAGUGCUGGAAUCUGAGCAACCGUUUGGGCACCCAUAGCGCGGCAAUUUCCCGGAUGCCAUUCCCGUUCUCAUCAGGCUCACAGGCGUCCCUUACCAAUUACCCGUCGCGGGGUAGUGUUCCCGUGGGGGGAUACAAAAAAGAAGUCGUUGGUGACGAAGAUGAAGACGACUAUGAUGAGGAUGACGUACCAGGUGAAGAUGAGGACGAGGAGGAAAGAGAGCGCAGUGGGUCUAUGAAAAGCACUAUACCGAAGGUGCCGUUCGGUGAGCUGGGUGCUAAUCUCGAAUUACAGCUCCAUCAGGACCAGCAGCAGCACCAACAACAGGUAGUGGAACAAUCCGCUAUACUCGUGCCGUAUGUGGAGGGUAUGCGGGAGGAGAAAUACUUGCCGAAAGGGACCGGAGCGUUAGAUUUUGAGGAGUUUGCCCCCUCAUCUCAUCACUACGGCCCGACGAAGGCGCGAACCACCGGACCGUCCGGGUCGCGUGGGUCCAGCAAACCGUCCGGAAGUGGGAUCCCCCGAACAUAUCGCUGCGUCAAGUGCAUGGAGCCGUUCAGCUCGAUCAAGCAACGGCGGGAGCAUAUGCGAAGCGUGCAUCCGGAAGAAGCGCUACAGUUGCAAACGCAGCCGGGAGAGCUGCAGCAUCAUCAGCAGCAGCAGCAGCAGCUGGAACUGUCGCUGCCAUCCGAGCUGCUAGGUUCGGGCCUUCUCACGGAGGAUGUAAAGACAGGCGUUACCGGGGAGAAGCCUCCGCCCGAGCCGCUGGCCCCGGUGGUGAUGGACUACCACUGGCUGCGGCAGGAGAUACAGCGCAAGUAUGAGCUCGGUGCGCAACCGUCGAACACGCUGGUGCUCAUGACGCCCACCACGACGGUGGUGCGCAAGCGGUUAUUCGUGUGCGCCGUCUGCCGGGCCGAGUUCGAGCGCUUCAACCAGUUCAACGCUCACCUGAUGGUCCAUCCGGCCGAGUGUAUGGCGUGCGGGCGCCACUUCAAGCAGUGGCGCAACUUCGCCCUCCACCUUAAGCGCCACCUCGGCAUCAAGGAGCACGGGUGCCGGGUGUGCGGGAAGCACUUUGUGAUCAAGCAGAAGCUGAUCGAGCACAUGCGCGUCCACUCGGGGCACGCACCGAUUCGCUGCAAGCUGUGCAACCGGCACUUCAAGCGCUUCUCCAACCUGGCGCAGCACAGCAACCGCUACCACCUCAACAAGGUGGCGGUGAAGCACGAGUACGUGUGCUCGCAGUGCGGCGACGUGUUUCCCACCCGUGCCAAGAUGGAGUGGCACAAGGAGACGCACGAGCAGAAGCCGAAACCGUGUCCGUACUGCCGCGAGAAGUUCAUCCACCAGAACAGCCUGACGCGCCACAUCCGGCUGUCGCACACGCUGCAGUACGCGAAGCUGAAGAACAAAACGGAACCGUGCACCGUCUGCCAGCAGCCAUACACCAAGGCGAGCAUGCGGCGCCACAUGGAGACGCACACCGAGGAGCGGCUGGUGUUCUCGUGCGGCAUCUGCAACAAGCACUUCACCACCAACUGGAACCUGAAGCAGCACAAGUGGACGCACGCCAACCCGACCAUGAAGCCGUUCCAGUGCACCCUCUGCCCGGCCGGCUUCGUGCGCGAGUCGGACUACCUCACGCACGUGAACGCGCACCGUUCGAUACGGCCGUACACGUGCAACCACUGCGGGCGCCAGUUCAUCCGCAAGUACAACUGGCUGCGGCACUCGCGCGAGCACGAGACGGACAAGAGCCACAAGUGUGACGAGUGUGGCCGCCAGUUCCACCGGAAGUACUACCUGACCGAGCACAAGCGCAUGCACUCCGGCGAGCGGCCGUACGCGUGCAACAUCUGCGGCAAGACGUCCUCCACCAAGACCAACCACAACAAGCACGUGCGUAUCCAUCACGCGCGCGAUCCCCUGACGGCGGAAGGCUAAGGCGGACCAUUAGUUUGCAUUUCCCUUCGACUGUUUUAUUAAUUUAUUUUACCAUUUUUAAGUGUCUCGCACGGGAACGCGCAUAGAUCAUCGUUUCUUGCGCGCAAACAGUUUUAUCACCCGGAUAACAUCCGCCGGCGCGCGCAUCUAUCAACUUAACCUCGGACACCUUUCGGUGCACGAUUUUAUCACCGGAUCGCACAUCUAUCAACUUAACAAUUUUACUUUUCUCAAUUUCGCACACACCUUGCGUUGUGCAGUUUUUAUCACACGGACAUUUAACGUCCGUGAGUGCGCAUCUAUCAACUUUACUAUUUUAGCAUUUACGUACGUCUUUCGUCGUACAAUGUUAUCACCAUCAUAACAACCGCCAGCGCGCUUCUCUCAGCUUACUUUUAUCGUAGGCGAGGGCGGGCAUCUGUUAUAUUUUUUUUAUAACUAUUUUACUUUUCGCAUUUGUGUACGUCUUUUGUCGUACAAUUGUAUUUUUCUAUUUUUAUUUUUAGUCGCUGGCGACUUUUUUUUUACUCGAAACAAACCUUUGCUAAAUUGAAUAAUGAUUUUAAAUGUUAAAUUUUGCACUCCUCUUCGCCUAACUCUUAUUGGAGUUUGGUUUUAUGUCAUUGUUUCUUCCACAUUGCUAAUGUGGUCUUGACUGGUGGUUUCCGUUAAGGAUCACCACCUUCGUCGUUUGCAUAGAGAUUUGUAACAAGUAUCCCAAACUUAUGUGAGACUCAUCAUCCGUGCGCAGCGAUAGGGUGCAAUAGAGAGCCAAUGGCCAACACCGCGGGGGUGGCGCGUUUUAGUGGCACACCUCGGGUGUGUGCACACUGUUUGGCGUCCAGCGGGCAAUCGUUGUACAGUAUUUGUUUAGUAAAUUUCAACCUUGUCAAUAUCCCGUUGUCCAGGAGACGCAUCUUAA